AUGAAGGCUUUGACUACAGCUCUCCUUUUAUUCGUCGUGUUAAUGGCUUUCACUGUUGAGGCUGAUGCUGGAAGUUUCAAUUUAUCCGGGUCUCUUGAUCCUGGUUUUACGAUCGGACGCGGUCGUCAUAACCGAAAAUCAAAAUCCCGAGCACGCAGUGAUGAAGGAGAGGAAGAUGCGGCUGCUGAUUUCCCAAAACCUCAAGACAUUCACAACUUCGAUGUACCUGAGGCGUUUACCCAGACAGGAGAAGCGGGCGAUAACAGUGAAAAUGAUGACCAAUCGACCCGCCACCAUGGAGGCUCCCAUCGCCGCGCCCACAAACAUUAAAUAAAAAUAAUGAUUUAUUCGAAUGUAUUAUGAUUUAUUUUAAAUAAACAGCGCCGAAUCAUG